UCCGGCUUAUUAAAACCUAAAUCGCAUUGGCCUUGAGAAAGAUAAAGUCAGAAAUGUGGCGACGAGUGAUCGGAGAUUCCGCGGUUCGCCGCCACUUAUGGCGAUCCCUCUCCAGCAAACCCACCGUCGGAGGCGGCUCGGGUGGCGGUGGGAACGUGACGGCGGCGGUGGAUUCAAUGAUCCUGCGUUCACUUAAGGAACAUUUUCUAGAAGUCUCUAAGAUGACGCCUCCUCCCAAAGUGACUCCUCCUUCACCAUUCCAGAUAGUGAAAGGUUCGCUUGAGCAAAAUGUGCCUGUUCUCAAGAGGUCCUUUGGCAAGGAAGAGAUCAGUCUCUACGUGAUGCGGUUGUCUCACGUUGUGGGUGAUGACGAGGACGAUGAUGGGAUCAAUCAGUUAUUCCUCCAUGUGGAUGUGUCAAAACCUGGUCAAGCUGAUUCCUUGCAUUUCCUUUGCGGGCUUUACCCAGAUGCAUUGGGCAUUCACUCCAUAUCGAUGAGGCCAAAGCUGGAGGACUCAGAGAUGUUAGAUGUUUCCACACGGUACACUGGCCCUGCUUUCGAAGAGCUCGACGAGAAGAUGAGGGAUGCAUUCCAUGGUUUCCUAGAGGAACGAGGUGUGGACGAGAGCCUUUUCCCGUUUCUUCAGGCAUGGCUGUAUGUAAAGGAUCACCGCAAUCUGUUGCGUUGGUUCAAAACAGUUGGCACAUUCGUCAACGAGAAAACUGCUUCCGGGUAAAGCUUUGGACCGAAAAGAUGCAUCUUUUCAUGUUUUGGUGGUUGUCACUUGUUUGAUCGAGAUGUGAAGUGUAUGUCCUGUUUUAGACAAACAAGUGUUGGGAUAUUCACAGUUACUAUGAGCUAGUUUUUGUUCUUACGUCCCGAAAUUUGAUGACUUUUGCAAACC